AGCCGCCGUCAGCCGCCAUCAGCCGCCGCGAGCCGCGCCGCCUUCGCACUCCGCACACAUCAGUGACUGUUGACGACCGCCUUGAGACGCACUCUCACAUCUAAGGACGGGAUGCGCGCAUACGUUUAUACGCUCGCCUUGCUCAUCUGCUGCGGCAUCAGUACUGCUCGAGAUGGUGACAACAAUGAGGAACGCAAUUUUAUCACAUCUGUAGAAGAUAAUAUGGAAUCGAAGUACGAGAAGUUCGUGUUCAGUGCGGCGCAGUGGCUAGAGAGCAUUAACGACCGGCAGCUGGGGUCCAGCGCACUGGGCCGCCUGCUGCACUACAACCACAUCAAGCCCAAACUGCAGCGUCCCGGCACCGGACACGGUGCUGGUGCGGAGGAGGGCCGCGGGCUGAAGAAGGCAGCGGCGGGCAUGAUGCCGCUGGUGUUCCACGUGGGCGCGGCCUCCACCUGGAUGCUGGUGACGUCACUGCUGGCCGCGAAGUCGCUUGCCCUCGGCCUCUUGCUGCUCGUCUUCAAGAUCGCCGUCAGCUCCGCUAAGGUGGCGUCAUUCUUCACGGCCAUGAAGGGCAAGCAGUCGGAGCACCACCACGACUGGUCCUGGUCCCCGCAUCACCACCACGGAUACGAGAGGAGUCUGUCCGCCGCCGCCGGCGCCGACGUAGCAGCUAGCCACAGCGGCUGGACCCCGCACGCACUGGACUGGGCCACGGACACUGACUACCGGACCUUGCCGCACGAGGGGCACGGCGAGCCUCCCAACGCCGAGGCAUCGAUACUUCACACUUAAUAACACUUGG